CACAAAAACAGCAGUGAGCGAGCAGUCCUCAAUUUUGUAUCUGGAGCACAGACCACAGGGAAGAACUGAGCACCGUCUGCACAUAAGGAUGGACUUCAUGCUGAUGUCGUUUCUACUUUGUCCCUUUUUUAUUACCAUCACAUCUGGACAAGAUACUGUGUGUUCCAGGCCUGAGCUGGGUGCCAACAUUGCAGUGGACGGACUCCAGAAGUACUUUAACCCCGGGGCCAUGUUAGCGCUGUCCUGUGAACAGGGACACACCGCUGUGCUGGGCCCUCGGACGAUUGUUUGCACUGCAAGUGGACAUUGGACAAAAAGCAGAUUAAUGUGCAUACCAAAACUGUGUCCACCCCCUGAUCAUUUGGCUAAUGGAGAAGUGUACUAUGAAAACACUGUGUACCAGAGUCUGAUCAACUAUACUUGUCAUGAAGGGUAUAUCUUGACUGGAGCCGUCUCUGGUGUGUGUCAAGCCAAUGGAACAUGGAGUACACGAGUACCAGAGUGCAAGCCUGUGUCCUGUGGUCUUGCUCCAAUCCCACAGUUUGGAAUGAUAAUUUAUGACAAGACAAUAAGAGGGAACACCACUCAGUAUGGCAUCACAGGGACAUACAAGUGUCUGCCUCCAUAUGCAGUUGUUGGCAGUGCAAGAGCGGAGUGCACUGCCAGCGGCACCUGGACCGAGACACCCAAAUGUCAAGUCGUGACAUGCCCUCCACCAGGAAACAUUGACAAUGGCUACAAGUCAAGCGACAUCCAGAGACAAUACGACUACAUGGAAGCAGUCAAAUAUGGUUGCCAUGGAGACUAUGUGCUGGAAGGAAGCCUGCAGAUUGUUUGCGAAAAAAAUGGGAAUUGGUCUGAGAUGCCAUCUUGCAAAAGACCUUGCAGUGUUGGCAUACAGAGAGGAAGGAUAUUAUACAGAGGAGAAAAAGUGUGGAUCGAAAAUCUGAAACCAAAAAAAGUCUUACACAAAGAAAUUGUCUCGUUGUACUGCAAGGACCAGUUCAGGAAUUGUGGUCAUGCAGUAACAACUCAGUGCGUGGAUGGAACGCUCAUAAUACCUGGUUGCUUUGAAGAGCCCAGCUCUGUUAGUUAUACUCUUCAUUCACAUGAGCUUCCAUCAGAAAUUGAACCUUGCUAAAACAGCAACACGUCCCUUUUCUGGCCAUCGAUUGUGUUGUUGGUGGUGCAUUUUUGUCACUCAGUGGUCAAAUGGCUUUUGUUUUUAACCUAUAAUGUAACACACUUCACACAAAUUAAACAUUUCAGACAUGG